GCUUUUCUAUUUUUCCAGGACACGCCAUGGAGAAACCCUCAAAGGAUCGUCUCACUUUAUCUCCAGGUUGUAGAAUGGAAGAUGAGGACAUCACAGGAGAUUGUGGAGGAAAAAAGAGCUCAACUGUGGAUGGAGGACUUCACAGUGUGGAUAGACCACAGAAUCCCUCUGACUCUGAGCAACCUCGUACUGUGAGGGAUGGUGCCGGGAUUCAGGGGGAGAAGACAUUUCCCUGUCCUCAGUGUGAGGAAAGUUUUUGCUCCGGUAUAGGUCUUUUUUUACAUCAGGGAACUCACAGGGAGGGCGGACUUCAUACCUGUUCUGAGUGCGGGAAAUGUUUUCUACAUAAAGGACAGCUGGUCACACAUCAGAGAACUCACACAGGGGAGAAGCCGUAUUCCUGCCCUGAGUGUGGAAAAUGUUUUCCAUAUAAAUCACAGCUGGUCGUACAUCAGAGGUCUCACACGGGUGAGAAGCCGUAUUCCUGCCCUGAGUGUGGAAAAUGUUUUUCAUGUAAAGCACAGCUGGUCAGACAUCAGAGGUCUCACACGGGUGAGAAGCUGUAUUCCUGCCCUGAGUGUGUAAAAUGUUAUAGAACAAAAUCAGAGCUUGUUAUACAUCAGAGGUCUCACACGGGUGAGAAGCCGUAUUCCUGCCCUGAGUGUGGAAAAUGUUUUUCAUGUAAAGCACAGCUGGUCAGACAUCAGAGGUCUCACACGGGUGAGAAGCUUAAUUCCUGCCCUGAGUGUGGAAAAUGUUUUCCAUCCAAAGCACACCUGGUCAGACAUCAGAGGUCUCACACGGGUGAGAAGCUGUAUUCCUGCCCUGAGUGUGUAAAAUGUUAUAGAACAAAAUCAGAGCUUGUUAUACAUCAGAGGUCUCACACGGGUGAGAAGCCGUAUUGCUGCCCUGAAUGUGGAAAAUAUUUUUCAUGUAAAGCACAGCUGGCCGUACACCAGAGGUCUCACACAGGGGAGAAGCCAUAUUCCUGCCCUGAGUGUGGAAAAUGUUUUCCAUGUAAAGCACGGCUGGUCGUACAUCAGAGGUCUCACACUGGUGAGAAGCCGUAUUCCUGCCCUGAGUGUGGAAAAUGUUUUCCAUGUAAAGCACGGCUGGUCGUACAUCAGAAGUUUCACACGGGUGCAAAGCCGUAUUCCUGUCCUGAGUGUGAAAAAUGUUUUAUAAGGAAAUCAGAGCUUGUUGUACAUCAGAGAUCUCACACAGGGGAGAAGCCGUAUUCCUGCCCUGAGUGUGGAAAAUGUUUUCCAUGUAAAGCACCCCUGGUCAGACAUCAGAAGUCUCACACAGGGGAGAAGCCGUAUUCCUGUCCUGAGUGUGGAAAAUGUUUUAUAAGGAAAGCAGAACUUGUUGUACAUCAAAGAUCUCACACAGGGGAGAAGCCGUAUUGCUGCCCUGAGUGUGGGAAAUGUUUUAAAGGUAAAUCAACACUUGUUGUACAUCAAAGAUCUCACACUGGUGAGAAGCCGUAUUCCUGCCCUGAGUGCGGGAAAUGUUUUCCAUGUAAAAUACGGCUGGCCAGACAUCAGAAGUCUCACACGGGUGAGAACCGUAUUCCUGUCCUGAGUGUUUAAAAUGUUAUAGAGCAAAAUCAGAAAUUGUUGUACAUCAAAGAUCUCGUACUGGUGAGAAGCCGUAUUGCUGAAGUGCAGACUUUCACGUCAUCAGAGAGUGCACACAGACGAGAUGCCAUAUGUCUGUCACAAUUUCUUGCCUAUCUAGAAAAAUGUUUGAACUGUUUUCAACAUUCCUCUCUCAUUGACUUCAAAACGGUUUGGAUUCAGGACCCAAACUUUACUCAUGUUCACCAAACCCUCCUCAAAUCGAGCCCAGGUAUGCUCGGCUCAUCGCUAGUUGACAGCAAGCGAGGCCUAGUUAACCACCAGGUUACCUCGUUCCUCAACCUCUUGCCGCCCGCGCUAUAGCCGAAAGACGGCUAGAGCGCCGGCCUAAAUUGCCGGGCGGGCAUCCAUAUACGUCCUCCUGAGCAUGAGCUGCCUGCGCGCGCAUCGGCUCACUCUGUGAUCAGCGAGUCAAUGAGACUCAACUAACCACAGAUCAGAGCAAGGGGCUGAUCCCGGCCCCUUAUUACAUGAUCAGCUGUUGGCCAAUGACGGCUGAUGAAUUGAUCUAAACAGAGCCACUCAUCAGUGCCCAUCAAUGAAAGAGAAAAAUUCCCUGUU